AUGAAUCACUGCUGGAAAUUGAUUGAGACACAGACAGAAGAAGCUGUAAAAUCAGAGGGUUUCGUUACAGUUGAAAGAUCAGCACUGGAGGAGUUAGUGGAGAAGAAUUCACUGAAUAUCAAAGAAGUGGAAUUAUUCAAAGCUAUCGAUUGCUGGGCUGAAAAAGAAUGUGAAAAGCAAGGUCUCGUAGCUGAAGGCUCCGUGAAAAGAAGAGUUCUUGGGGAACGCGUUGUUCAAGGAAUUCGUUUUCCGGUGAUGGAGGAAAGAGAAUUUGCUGAUUUCGUCCUCGAUUCUGAAAUACUUACACCCCGAGAGACGAACCGUCUGGUAAAGUAUUUUAACUCUGUGCUUAAUGCUCCAGUGGGAUUUCCUGACGCCAAGAGAGCUGGGCACAAACUUGUAGUUUCUAGGUUUAGAUCACUAGGUAGGGGUUGGGACCCACACUGUCCAGACUGUAUUUGUUUUGAAGUUGACAAGGACAUACAUCUACACGCAAUACAACUUUUUGGAAGCGACAACAGUGAAUAUUCAGUAACACUCGAGGUGUUCGAUCAUUUCGGCGGCGAAACUGUUAGAAGGCAAGAAGGGAUUUUUUUAUCUAAGCAGAUAAACUGUGAAAUUGGAGAUCACCAAGGCUUUGAUAUUGUAUUUGAACCGCCGAUUGCUAUAAAAGCAAACAGACGGUACCGAAUUUCUGCUGCCAUUACUGGUCCCCCAUCUUGGUAUGGAACAACUGGCCGCUCUACUGUAGAACAUUCUGGAGUGACAUUUCACUAUUACUCGGUUUCAAGACACACCAGUUGUGGAAAAGGGCAAUUUUCUAACUUUGUGUUUACUCUGGACUGAAUCAUGUUUCCGGAGCAUACUAGUCGUUUUUUUUUUAAUUGCUCAACCUCGGCCCAACUGGUGGGUAGCCUGGCAUGCGCAGUAGCCGAACGGAAUGACAAACCAUCUAGAAGGGAUAGAAAAUGAUGGCUUACAGUGUAGAAAUAAAAGUUUGUCAAUCCGGAACUGUAACAUUUGCAAUAUGAAACUGUACAUUUCUCUCACUUUAGCUGCGAAUUUAUUUCAUUCUGAUUGUGAUUUUCGCCACUGUUUGUUUCCGUAAACUGGAAUGACCAUUUGAAAUGUUUUCUCCUCAUUAUUAAAGUACAAUAUCCUUGUAAGAUAAAAGUAUUUUUUUACUGCUGAGUCAUUUUUUAACUGUGCCUUUGCUUCCCUGCGAGUUGUGUUGAAGAAGGCCAAAGCCCUAUGUGAGGGUAAAAAAUGAAAUGUAUAAAACAGCCCUUCCACGUGGGAAAAGUCAGCGUUAUAUGAUGCUGUGAAAUAUCGAUAAAAAUCGCAAAUACUUUGAUACCGUGAUACUCGUACAUCAUAAUUUGCGGCGGCGAUCUUCGCAAUAAUGAGUAGCUUUAGAAUGCUGACAAUCGCACAAAAAUUUUGGAAACUCGCUCUCCUGCUAACACUUUCCACCUUCGUUGGCGUUAUGCUGACGGUAAAGUGAAGGGCUCGGACGAUAACAAACAACUCUUUUCCCCAAGUUUUCUUUUUUAAGCAAGAAUGAGAUAUUUGCGAUAGAAGUUACCACAAACUUUCCUAUUCUAGGACUAAAGCAGCGUGAAAAAUAGCCAGAUUUCAAUCAAUCCAGCGCUUUAAUUCCUUGAGUAAAUUUGAUGGAUAAAUUAUCCUACAGCAAGCCUUGUUUUAGAGCACGAGGUUGCAAAAGAUUUAGUAUCAAAUUGGGUGCAAAAUCAGAGUUCAAUCGCAUUUAUAUUUAACUGAAAUAAAUCGGCAAGGUGUGAAGCCAAAGGAAAGCACCAGGCUAGCUUUUUGUACAUUUAUUUUAUUUAGUUCUCCCAGUGACCGCUAAAUGAGAAAAUUGCCUGUUGAAUAAUUUUUAAACAUCGUCCGAGACUUAGAGGCCAGGUUGGCUUCCCUCUAAAGACGUCCUUAUCAGUUUCGGGUCAAAUGAUGCAAAGUCCUUACAAGCCUCAAGGCGCUUUCCAAGUAAAGUCAGAACUGGCCGGCCGGAACCGUCAUUUUGAAAUUUUUUGUCAAAUAUUUCCCUAUAACCCUCCACUGCCGAGCUUGCCAUUUAUGAAUAGACUGAUAUGGCUGGAUAACCCUGACAAAUAGUGGAAUUCUCUUUGCAAUUGAACUGGACUUGUAGGCCAGUUCUAACAAAUGGAAAGCGCCCUUAUACCUAAUCCAGGCAGUUAACGUAUCCAUUUAUAUUUUUACCAUUUUACUAUUACGAGAUAUUGAUUGUAAAUAAUUCAUUAUUAUUAUUAUUGCUAUCAAUAUUAUUAUUAUCAUCAUCAUCAUCAUUAUUAUUAGCUUUUAAAACUGAUCACAAGAUAACUAUAAUCCCCAGAGAACCCAUGAUUAAUAUUUCCAGCAAAUCACGACAGGUGAAGAGUGUAAAUUGUCGAAUCAAAUUUUGCAUUGAAACUUCCUCAGAAAACAAUGUGAUUAACUAGGUAUGGUAGCUUUGAUGAGAAAAAUUUCACAAAUUAACUCCUUGUAUACAAACCAAGCCUAGAGCUGGCCUAGGAUUCUGGGUAACAAGACCCCUCCAUGCAUGCCCCAAGGGAAGGAACAAUAUCGUAAAUGUUGAAUAUGCUGUCAGGUAACUCUCAAAAAAAGUUCACCGUUACGUUGUAUCAUUGAGUCAUGUCAGUUGACACAGUUUCGGACACUUACUGGCAAACAGUCAAAGGUACCAUAAGAGAAAGAUGUGAGUUUAUUUUCAAUCAAGAACUCCUGAGCGAUGUGAAAUUCGUGGUCCGUGACUCCCAAGGCGGAAGCAAGAGGAUUCCAGCUCACAAGUUUGUUUUAGCGAUCAGUAGCCCAGUGUUUUCUGCCAUGUUUUUCGGUGAAAUGGCGAAGACGACAAAAGAUUCAGUGGAGAUAUCUGACUGCGAGUAUGAAAGCCUGCUGGAGUUGUUUCGCUUUAUCUACAGCGACGAAGUGAAGUUGAACGUUGAUAAUGUCAUGCAGUUGUUGUAUUUAUCAAAGAAAUACAUGGUGAUUACUUUGGCCGAAAAGUGCUCUGCUUUCCUUCAAGAGAACUUGAACGCAUUGAACGUGUUUUACGUUUUGCAGGAUGCACAGAAAUACGAAGAAAAAGAUUUAGUGAAUCACUGUUGGAAAUUGAUCGAGACACAAACAUUAGAAGCUGUAAAAUCAGAGGCGUUCGUCACAGUUGAGAGAACAGUUUUGGAGGAAUUAGUGGAGAAAAAUUCACUAAAUAUCAAAGAAGUUGAAUUAUUCAAGGCUGUUGAUUGCUGGGCUGAAAAAGAAUGUGAAAUGCAAGGCCUCGUUUGUGAAGGCUUCUUAAAACGAAGAGCCCUAGGAGAACGGAUUGUUAAGGGAAUUCGCUUUCCCGCGAUGACUGAAAGAGAAUUCGCUGAUAUUGUACUUGAUUCGGAAAUACUUACAUCCAGUGAGACGAAUCAUAUGAUUAAGUAUUAUAACUCU